GCGUUGAAAGACAGACGUGUAUUGCAAUCAUAUCAAUUACAAUAGCUUCAGAUAGAAUACAAUGUUAUAAGUGCUUUUGUUUAAAUAUGGCUCCAAACAGAAGUGAUAGAGAGUUUAAAAUGUGUGAAAAGUGUAAGAAAUAAUGUCUUCUUGGACUAGAGAGUUGGAUGAGGCUGCCGUGCUGGCCACCAGCCGAGGGUGGUGGCAUGAACUGCUGUUUUAUCUGCUCUGUGGCUUAGCGGCUAUACCGACAUCUUUUUUAGUUUUUUCAACGGUCUUCAUAAACGCUACUCCUGAGCACUGGUGUGCCUUACAUCCAAGAAUUGAAAAGUUGGGGAUAGAAGAUCAGCUCAUCCGUAACCUAACAGUACCAGGACAUCAUGGAGUCUUCGAAAGCUGUCGGGCCCAUAACAUAGACCCGGACGAUUUCUUUGCGAUUUAUAAUCAAACAUUCGGUGGAAUUGGAGACGCAGAAAUGAAUGAAGGUACUACAGAGCUUCUAACUCGUGUUAUAAAUUCAAGUAAAAGUAAGGAGCCAAGUGAUUGUAAACAUGGAUGGAAAUUCAGUAGAGAUUUGUACAAGAACACCUUGGUAACUGAGUAUUCCCUGGUAUGCAACAAGGACUGGUUACCACGAACUGCUAAUACUCUGUUCUGGGUUGGAUCUAUCGUGGGAAACCCAUUUUUCGGAUGGGUUUCAGACAGAUACGGGCGAAGACCAACUAUCCUGCUAAUGAUCUUCUUACUAGUUCCAAUAACUAUUGCGACCUCGUUCCCCGGAAAUUACUUAACAUACAUAGUCCUAAGAAUUGUUGGAGGGCUGUUCUUCCCUGCGAUGUAUCAGCUGCCACUUAUUUUGGCACUGGAGUUGAUGCCACCCGCUAAACGGACAAAUGCAGGAAUUGUAAUUGGAAUGUUAUUUGGAUCCGGAAUGUGUAUUUUGUCACUGAUAGCAUACUUGUUGAGAGAAUGGUUCUACCUGUCCUUGGCAACGACCCUACCAUUCAUUCUAACAUACAGCUAUUUUUGGCUUAUACCAGAAUCUCCCAGAUGGUUGGUUGGUCGAGGUCGUAUAGCUGAUGCUGAAAAGGUCCUCAGAAAUAUUGCGAGAAGGAAUGGCAUCACAUUGCCUUGCGGAUUUUUACUAGAUUUACAUAAAAGAAUCAAAGAAGAAGAAGAAAUAGAAAUAUUUUCAAAUGGACAGUUGAAAAGUUUUACGAGAAGUUAUGACCUAGAAGUUGAUGCAAAUAAAGACUUCAACAAAGAUGUAUUUCUUGAAAAUGAUAUUUUGAAAGACGAUAAAACCGGUGAAGAAAAAGAAGUAGUAAUUGAUGAAACAGAAAAUAUAAGUAUAUGCAAAGAAGUCAAAAGAACUAGUAUAGAAUUAGAAUCUCAUGAAAUGGAAACGCCAAAUAUGGUUCAGACAGAUCCUUUUCUUAAAGUACAAAUUAACUCCUUGAGAAGAAAAUCGAAACAGUUUGUUAAUAAGAUCUUCUGUAACGAAGAUGAUGAUGAUGAUUUAGAUGAAAAUAAAGUUAUGUAUGAACAGCAUUCAGAGAAUGAUUGUGAGGCAUCUCCACUAGAUUUAUUUAGAUACCGUAAUAUAAGAAAGAAGUUUUUGAUUUUAACUUUCAAUUGGGUUUCAGUAGGAAUAGCUUAUAAUGGACUCAGUUAUAAUACGACGAAUUUAGGUGUUAAUGACUAUUUGGCCUUUUUCAUAGGUGGUAUUGUAGAACUCCCAUCUUACGUCAUAGCUUGGCAUUGCAUUGAGAAAUAUGGCCGACGGUGGGUGUUUUUUGGUUUCAUGAUAAUUGGAGGUAUUGCUUGCCUCUCCUGUGGGCUAGUGCCUGAAGACUUGCCAUGGGUAACGUUGACUCUGGCAAUGCUGGGAAGAUUAUCAGCGGCGGCUUCAUUUGCUGUGUUCUAUGUGCAAGUCGGAGAACUACUCCCAACUGUCCUCAGGGCACAGGCAAUGGGAGCAGCUUCAUUUAUAUCUGGGGUGGGGCUGCUAGCCUGUCCCUAUAUUGUUUCUUUGGGUGUUAUCCGUAAAUGGGUACCACUCAUCAUCAUUGGAACACUAAGUGUCGCAGCCGGGUUUGCUUCAUUAUUCCUACCAGAAACGUUGAACCAUCCUCUACCACAGACGUUGGGUGAUGGCGAGAAUUUUGGUAGGAAUUUCAAGAUACUCAGCUGUGUGGAACGAGAUAAAAAAUAUUAAUAAAAUCUUUGACAUCAACUGGUCUUUGUAGGACCUUUGUAAAUGGCGGAAAAAAACUAUUUUUAAUAAAAUAACUUUUAUAUAUUUA